AUGAAGACGAACGAGUCUUCGUGGCCUCAGAAAUUGCGCAAAAAUGACGAUGAAGAGAUAAAUGAAGCCAAAGAAAGAGCCUAUCAAUUUAUAAUUGGAGUGAGCGGGAUCUUCUCAGUAGCCUCGAUGCUAUGCCUCUGUUUGGUGGUGCCUUCUAUGUACAAUUAUGUCGAUACGAUGGGCGCUUUCAAUCGCCGGGAUUUCGCUUACUGUGAGGUGAGAAAGCAUUGCCUAACGAUCCUAGGGUUGACUUUAAAAGACGCUAACGCCAACUUAUUGCUUUGAAUUUUUCAAUAAUUUUCUCCUUGCAGAGCACAACGAUUGACAUGGAAACUGAGCUGGAAUCAAUGGCUAUUGACAGUGUUAACCGAACAAAACGUGCCGCAGGCAAUUACGGGGGAUAUAACCCCACCUUACUUCAUCCAAACGCCCCCACCUUCCAAGAAUGUCCGGCCUGCUGUGUUCCCGGAGAACGAGGGCCUUCAGGCGACUCUGGACUUCCCGGAAUGCCCGGAAAUCCCGGCCCCGACGGAGCACCAGGACGUCCUGGAACAACCCCCAAUGCUUCGUGUAUCCCAGAGCGUGUCUUCGAACCACCACCAUGUUUGCCGUGCCCACAGGGCCCUCGAGGAGUACCAGGUCACCCCGGCUUCCCCGGAGACACUGGAGAGCCUGGCCCACUUGGACGGCCCGGUCUUGACGGACAACCCGGCAAAAUGGGAGAAGACGGGCCGGUUGGAGAGCCCGGACAUCCUGGACUGCCCGGACCACAAGGAGACAAAGGUAUCACCCCCGAGGCUCAUGUUAUUCCCGGCCCACCCGGAGAUGCGGGAGAAACCGGACCAUGGGGCCCUCCAGGGCAUCCCGGAACUCCCGGAGAAGAUGGAUAUCCCGGAUCGCCUGGAGAGAAGGGAUGGCCCGGACCACCAGGAGCGCCAGGACCAAUUGGGCAACCAGGACAAGCCGGACCUUCCGGAGAGCCCGGGCCCGCCGGAACGCCUGGAACUUGUGUUUGCCAAGAUACCGAAGUUGUUGUCGCGGAUCAAAAGGGUUCUGUUCCAGCGCCUGCCCCCGCUCCGGCUGGACGAGACUACGCUAGCGAGAAUGCUGGAGCUGCCGCUGAUUCGUAUGGUCCUGCGACAAAUUCGGGAGCUUCUAAUUCUUAUGCGCCAGCUGCCAGCAGCAGCCAUGCUGAUUCGUAUGGCCCAGCCGCUCCUCCGGCGGAGAGUCAAGCAGCCGCCGCCGGCUAUCGACGACGAUUCUAG